GCUUCCUCUUCUCUCAAACCUACAAACCUCAUGUCCUCCUUCACCACCUCCAUAAAUCUCCUCUUUGGCCUUCCUCUCCACCUUCUGCCUGGCAGUUCCAACCUCAACAUCUUCCUACCAAUGUACUGGCUCUCUCUCCUCUGUACAUGUCCAAACCAUCUCCAUCUAGCCUCUCUGACUUUGUCUCCUCAACACCUGAGCACAUCUGCUGCCCCUCUGAUCUACUGCUUCCUGAUCCUAUCCAUCCAAGUCACUUCUAGAGAGACCCUCAACAUCUUCAUGCUACCUCCAGCUCUGCCUCCUGUCUUUUCCUCAGUGCCACUGUUUCUAAACCAUAAAACAUUGCUGGCCUCACCACAGUUUUGUGCACCUUCCCUUUCAUCCUUGCCGACACCCUUUUGUCACACCUGACACUUUUCUCCACUUAUUCCAUCCCGCCUGCACCCGCUUCUUCACCUCUUUGUCACACUCUCCAUCGCCCUGGACAGUUGAGCCUAAGUACUUAAAAUCCUCUGCUUUUUUAUCUCUCCAUCCUGUAACUUCACCUGUCCACUUGGGUCCCUCUCAUUCACACACAUGUAUUCCGUCUUACUGCGGCUAACCUUCAUUCCUCUCCUUUCUAAGGCAAACCUCCACCUCUCUAGCUCUCACCACAGAUCAUAAUGUCAUCUGCAAACAUAGUCUAACCCCAUCUGUCAACCUGUCCAUCACCAUGGCAAAGAGGAAGGGGCUCAGAGUUGAGCCUUGGUGCAGUCCCACCUCCACCUUGAACUCAUGUGCAGCUCACCUCACCACUGUCUUACACCUGGCAUACAUGUCCUGCACCACUCCAACAUACUUCUCUGCCACUCGACUUCCUCACACAAUACCACAACUCUUCUCUUGGCACUCUGUCGUACGGAUCCGGAUCCACAAAGACACAAUGGAGCUCCUCCUGACCUUCUCUGUACUUCUCCAUGAACAUCAUCAAAGCAAACAUUGCAACUGUGGUGCUCUUUUUUGGCAUGAAGCCAAACUGUUGCUCACAUUUGCUCACUUCUGCCCUUAGUCUACUUUCCACUACUCUUUCCCACAACUUCAUCGUAUGGCUCAUCAACUUUAUCCCUCAAUAGUUGCCACAACACUAGACACCUCCCUUGUUCUUGAAGAUGAGCAGAAGCACACUUCUCCUCCAUUCCUCAGGGAUCUUCUCACUCUCAAAGACCUUUUUAAAUGUUCUGGUCAAAAAGUCUACUGCCACCUCUCCUAAACACUUCCAGACCUCCACAGGUACAUCAUCAGGACCCACUGCCUUUCCACUCCUCAUCCUCUUCAAUGACCUUCUCACUUCAGCCUUACUAAUCUUUGCCACGUCCUGAAAUAUGAUGGUCACUCCUUCUACUCUUUGUUCUCUCUCAUUUUCCUCAUUCAUCAGCUCUUCAAAGUACUCUUUCCAUCUCACGCAACACACUUCUGUUAUCAGUCAAAACACUUCCGCCUCUAUAACCCUAACCUGCUGCACGUCCUUCCCAUCUCUAUCUCACUGCCAUACAAUCCUGUACAAAUCCCUCUCACCCUCCUUACUGUCCAACCUCACAUACAAAAACAGCUGCUUUAAGAUACAGGUCUGAAAACGUAAAUAAUGAGAAACAAGGAAAGGGCAAGUGAGUUUGAACCAAGAUUACCUGCCAUAAAAAAGCCGGAAGACAGUGCUGUUGAAUCCUACAAAUCUAACAGGUUUUCACACUGAUACAAACAUUUACAGAAGUAAAGUAGUAUUUACUUUAGAGGGAGAUGGAGAACUCUACCCUUAGGUUAGAUCCGGUGUUUAGGCAUCGACUGGUAACAACGGAACACGCGAUAAUAAUUGAAUAGGUGUUGAUCCAUUCUGUAUUGUCAUAUGAAAAUAUUUUGUCAAAUGAAAAUAGAGGUUAUACAAAUAUUUCACUAGAAAAGCCCUGUUGCAUCUGACUUUUUUUUCUCUCCACAGCCCAGUUUCCAUCAUGCACAACAAUCUCCGUCCGAUCCUCUUUGUCAGACCCAUUCGGGCUCUGGUGGACGAACUGUUUAAGGUGUUGGUUGACAAUCUUCGUCCGGGAUCUCCAGUGACGCUACACUCGCUCCAUCUUUCAGAAGAUGGAGACCACUGGGAGGCUUUUGGACACUACGUCAGCAGCCAGCGGGGAACAGUGUCUGUUGCGGAUGAUUUGAGCUUCGGAGGAACUUACAGUGGAAAAGAGCCCAUGGGUUUGUUGUGGAGUCAGCGGCCCGUUCCUGGAGGUCGCAGAGACCUCAGGUUAAGGAAGAUGAACGUCACCACCCCCAUGCCAGUCCACAUCUCUGUCUACAGUGGACACCUGACUGGAGGCUUUCAGGACCAGUUUCCUCUGGCUUCAGUGCUGACAGAGAGAUGGUACAUGGCUCCUGGAGUCAAGAGGGUCAGCGUGAAAGAGGGAAAUAUUUUGGGGACCCUGUUUAUACCUCCAGGUCCAGGACCCUUCCCUGGGCUGCUGGACAUGUGGGGUGGAGGAGGAGGUCUGGUUGAGUAUCGGGCUGCAUUACUGGCUUCACAUGGCUACGUCACUUUCGCUCUGUCUUACUUGUCUGCUACUCAGGCUCCAGCUGAUAAAACCUUGUUUGAGUCAGUGUUUAGCAUGUUCAAAACCCAUCCUCAAGUCAUCCCAGACAAAGUUGGAAUAUUUGGUCUUUCCCUCGGAACAUUAAUAACGCUUUUCCUCGCAGUGGAGAGCAAAGUCGUCAGGCCCGCUUGUUGUGUUUGCGUCAGCGGUACACACUCCUUCAUACGUGACAAAGGCUCAACUCUGACCCUCUCUCAUGAUAUGCUGGGGGACUACAGCAAGGUCCGUGUGGAUGAGAACAACCAUGUUAUAUGGCAUGAUAUUACUCUUCCCAUUUCUACAGAUUUCUCACGAAAACUAGACCUGAGCAAACUCAACUGUCCAUUGAUGUUGGUCAGCGGCACUGAUGAUCAGAGUGUUGCUGCUGUGGAAGCUGCCGAGGACAUGGCCCAGAUGAUACACGCCGCUGGAAAAGAUCACCUGCUGACCAAGCUGGUCUAUCCUGGUGCCGGACACCUGAUCGAGCCACCCUUCGCACCACAUUGUAGAUUCUCAAGGUUCAUAAACAAGGGAGAGAAAUUGACGUUCUUGUGGGGAGGACACACCAAACCUCAUUCUGACGCUCAGGAAGACUCCUGGAAGAAGAUCCUAGCCUUCCUGCAGAUGCACCUCUACAGCAGCUCCAGUCCAAGAGCCAGUAUGUGACUCUGGAGCAGCUGGAGAUCAAUCAGAGCGGAGCAGAGGUGGAACCACAGAACAGUUUUCAUCUCUGUCUUGACACAUUUGAGCUUCUUCUUGCUCCUGCUGUUUGUCCUAAAAAUUCCUUUAUAUCAUUCAAUGACUUGAUUCAACGCUUCACUCAUGAGUGUCACUUGUAAGUGUGCUAAAAUAAAUUCGAUUUGUUUUACUGUAUCUGAGUGUAUUCACAACAUGAUCCUCUUCAUGCAGGAAAUUACCAAGCAUAAGUGAAGGAACCGUGGGGGAUGAUUAGGAAGACCCCCCCCCAAUAUAGGAGAUGGGCGCAAUUGUCCCACCUGAACAUUGUAUUGCAGAGGUUUUCAACUCAUGCUUUUGUUUUGAAAGCCCAACACAGUGUCCUAUCACUGGCCUGCCCCCUUCCAUCCCCCUCUGAGUGUGUUUGGGAGAGGAGAGAUAGUGGGACACAGCAGACUGUCUACUGACAGAUAGUCAAGCAAUUGAGGCCAAAAGUUCUGUCAGCAACAUUGCUGUAAAUAUGGCUUGUUUACGUCGGUUUAUUAAAGGCACGGUGAUGCACGACUCUUAGAUGUGAGAGUAUCACUUUUAUUCAGUUUUGUUGACCAAAGUUGCAGUGGUUAGUAGACCUUGAUUUGUUGGCCAAAGCGCUGGAUUCAGAUUUAAACUGACUCGGCCUGUUUGAGCAACUGUCUUUUACUGAAGGGGUUUGUAAGCAGCUUCACAUUAAUAAGUGGUAGAAUCCUAUAAUAAUACAACAUUACAUCUUUGUGCUUUAAAAUGUUAUUAAGAAGUUCAUCAUUUGUUUUUGACAUUACUUGUGUUGUUUUUGUCAGAAAGUUGUUACUUAAAGAACCAGUUCAAUUGCCAGUCAACCUAAGUCACUCAGGUCAAAUUGUUUUUGACUAGUAAGCCUGUUAAGCCAUGCACCUGUGUGUGCUACUAACUUUGUCUUUAUGCUCCGGAAAUAUUUGGCUUGCUCGUACAAGUGUUGCCACCUGAUAAAGUAAGGAUACAGCCAUGGAAUAACGUAAUCAUUAUGUUUUGAUUGAAGACUCAAGAGAGAAAUAGGUUUUCUUAGUUGUUUGCCGAAAUUGUGGGGUUAUAGAACACACACAGGUUAUACAUGUGAUUAUACAGGUGUGCAGUGCACACGUAUUAAGAAUAAGUAAAAGAUUCCGUAGCAUUUUGUUAAUGUUUUGUAGUGCUGUGAACUUCACAAUUUACAAUCUCAUUUCCAAUUUGUGCCCCCCGUGUUAAACUUGUUACUACGCCCAUGUUAACACAAAAGAAAGAAACCAUGCACUCUGCAUAGACAUCUUCACUGUGUUCAAAAUGUAUUUAUUUUCCAUGGUUUGUGUUUGCUCCUGUAAAUGUAUUGAG